AAAAGCUUUGUAGAGAACAAAAAAAUGUCAGCCUCGGCCAUAUUCGGGUUGCAGAUGGCGGUGUUGCCGCGUUCAUCAACUGUUUCAACCACCGGAUUCACCGGCGGAGCCACCAGGUUGGCGGCGGCACCGACAAGUGUUGGGGGAUUGGUAAUUGAGUGCUCAUCUAGGCCACAGAAGAAGGCCACAGCUCACCAUAAGAAGACACGGCCACGGAAGACUCAAGCUUGGGAUAUUCGACGUGGACCAGCUGUUUAUGCUCCGUUGCCUCCCUUACCAUCGGAGUGGUCAUUUGCCAGUGAUGAAUCGGGUCAACCCGCUGCCGCCGGAGCUUCAGAGUCCGACGCCAAAUCUGAGUAAUUUUUCUGUAAUUUUAUAAUUUGUCAUUCGGCUUUGUAUAAUGGUGUUUUCUGUUUGAUACUUUGGGGAAUUUUC